AUGGCUCACGGGAUCAACGAUGCACAUGAAGCAACGGCAACCAUUUGGAGUAACCGUUUCAGAGCAAAAGAGCAACCGAGUAGAAAAGAAACAUCAGGUGUGAUUUACAAAAUUUUCUGCAAAAAUGGUGAGAAGGACUAUGUGGGCCAGACAGGGAGGAAACUUGGCACAAGACUGCAUGAACACAGCCUGGCCAUCCGCCGCCAAGAUGAAAGAUCAUUAAUGUCGGUACAUAUGGAUGCCGAAGGCCAUCAGUUUGAUCUGGGGAACGCCAAGAUACUGGGAAGGGCAAAGAACCGCAGAGUUCAUCGAGACCUGGCAUUCGGGCCAGAACUCAAUCAACAAGCAUCUAGAACUCGAAGGGGUCUACGAAGCUCUGCAGGUGAGGUCACAAAUAAGUACCAGAUGGACAGG